GCAGAAAGAUAGUAUUUUAGUCUACCGAUGUCUUUUGCAGUCUAACCAGCUUUACAGUCUUGAUUGACACCCAGGACUGGAGGAUCUGCGAAGGAAUUUGAAUUCAAACGCCUCCUUCGGGAGCUCAAAACGGUCAUCUCUUGCUCACAAAUUGCUUUGGCAGCCUGAUUUGCGAUCACCCUCCCACAGUUUCAAAGCGGCUCUGCUUGAAGGGUAUUGGUGUAUUGGUACAUGUACCGCACAAGCUAUCUUUGUUAUCUUCUCAUUAUCCAGUUUUAAUUGAUUCAGUCAAAAGGACAUCAUGAUGAACAGCAGCAACGUCAACGACAAUUCGGACGCCAUUAUCUCCGUUAAUCAGGAGAACACCAGUACACCCAGUCUGAUGGAGCCGAUUGAGGGCCCGGGUCUCGAGGAUGAUAUGGUCCAUGAUCAAUUGCCUACGGUGGACGAAGCCAAAGCUAAUCUUGAUCUUGCAACCGGUGACAGCAUUAGUCGAAGGACUCCUUACUGGCGCUGGUGCUUCUAUUGCUUUUCCUGUAUCUGCUGCGCAUUCAUCUUGUUAAUUAUUUUGGCAUUUACAGUUGGUGCGAUUGAAGAAAAAGAGGCUAUGAAGCACAGUCAAGGCGACAGUAACCUUCCUCCCAAGUUAGCACCGGGGACCUACGAGCCUCGUACUGAUUUUGUUAGACAAUACUUGAGCAAACAUUCCGACGUCAACGAGAUGAUGCGAGAAGGCUCGCCGCAGUACUGGGCUUCCAAAUGGAUUGCCGACGAAGAUAUCUUCCACUUGCCGGUCGACGAUGAAGCCUUUGUCGAGCGUUAUGCUCUGGCGGUGUUCUAUUUCGCCAUGAAUGGUCCCAAGUGGCCCCUGCAUCUGGGAUUUUUGGCCGCGAGAAAGGUGUGCGACUGGAACCGUAUUGGAUUUGGAAGCGACGACAAACCUCGCUACGUAGGAGCUCAUUGUACGAAGGGCGAAAAAGUACAUGAGCUCUUUUUCCCUGAAAAGUGGUUGCAUGGUGUAUUCCCAGACGAAAUGAGUCUUUUGUCAGAGCUUCGCUUUAUUUCGGUUUACCGCAACCCUGAUGUUGGGGGCAAGUUUCCGGAGGCAGUCCGCAAGAUUCCCAAGUUGGAAUAUCUCGCGUUGCACUUCUGCGAUCUCGAAGGAACCAUUCCAAGCUGGAUCGGGGAGAUGACGGCACUCACUUCGUUGGUCUUGUCCAAUAAUGAUCUUACCGGCACCCUCCCGAGCGAAGUAGGACUUCUUACUGGUUUGAAUCAGCUCUUUUUGGAUGACAACAGGCUUCAAGGAGACAUCAAGAUGCUAGAGCCAUUGACCAACCUCGAGGCGCUUCUUUUGGAAGACAAUCAGUUCCACGGAAACCUUACGGACCCCAUGAUGUUUAACUGGCAGCACAUGCAGAUCAUGGAUCUCAGUAAUAACAAUUUGACAUCUACCAUCCCGCCAGGCUUUUUUGCCCUCAAGAAUCUUAGCGUUGCUGACAUUCAUUCGAAUCAACUCACAGGCUCAUUGCCGGUGAUUGGCCAGACCAACAAUGCCUUCAAAUUCUUGGCCCUCCACGACAACAAGUUGAAAGGGCAGAUCCCAAACUCCAUGGGUCGCCUUGAGAAAAUGAGCCAUUUGGACUUGUCGAACAACCUUUUCACUGGAACACUUCCUGCAUCAUUCGGCAACAUGACCAAUUUCAAGUAUCUAUUCCUGUCUAUGAAUAAGUUUGCUGAAGGCAAAAUACCUUCGUUCUUGCAAAAGUUGACCAACUUAGAGGACUUAUCCCUGAAGGCCACACAGCGAACAGGAAUCUUGCCCCAUUGGUUGGGAUUUAUGCACUCAUUGGUGUUGCUUGACCUCGACAGCAACCAGCUCCAGGGAACUAUUCCCAGAGCACUCGGCGACCUUACAAACCUCAAGUUCCUGCUUUUGAAUUCGAAUAAGCUGCAUGGAAGCAUCCCUCAAAGCUUUGAGAAGUUGUCCAAGAUUGACUUUCUGAUGCUUGAGGACAACAAUUUGAAUGGAACCGCCAAACACGUGUGCGACAAGAAAGAAACGCCCCAGGUCUUUGUGGCUGACUGUGAGGAAAUCAAGCAAUGCACUUGUUGCACCUUGUGCUGCUCUGAUAAUAAUGCUGAUAAACACUGUGAUGAUGACGUGUGGCUAGGAGGAGUUGAUCCCAUUUGGGAAAGCCAAUAUGAACGGGCUUUCUAUCAGUUUGAGAAGGUGAAACUCAAGAAACACAACCUUUAGAGAUUCUCAAGACACACAACCUUGCCCAGCCGUACGCUACCAAUAGGAAAGGGUUAAUCCUAUAUGGCAAAUGGAUUUGUCUCUAUGACGCGUCGAUGCGUCUAGAGCUGAAAUUAAUACAUAUUAAUGAUGAUUGUCUAUCUUACUCCCG